AAAACUACACUUCCCAGGAGGCAGAAGAGUCGGGCGCAUGCGCGUCUCCUGCCUCCAGCAUGGCUACGGUGUUGUCACGGGCGCUGAAGCUGCCAGGUAAGAAAAGUCCAGACCUUGGAGAGUAUGACCCUCUCACUCAGGCUGACAGUGAUGAGAGCGAAGAUGACUUGGUCCUCAAUUUGCAGAAGAAUGGUGGAGUUAAAAAUGGGAAAAGUCCCCUAGGGGAAAUCCAGGAUAUUGAUUCUGAUGUGGAAACCUGUAUUGCCAAGCAACAUCUCUCGGAGGGUAUGAUGGAAGAGUACCCAAGUGAAAUGAACAAUGAUUUGGAGCAGAAGACUGCCAGUUCCUUGAUGCCUUUUUUGCGCACAGCCAUGUUUUUACUCACUGUGGUUAUCUCCAUGAUCCUUGUGCUGGUCUGUGCUUUCCUCAUUCCUUGUCCACCAAGAGACUUGCAUAAUACUUGGAUUCACAACUUAGGACAAGUAGCAGAUGGAGUUCUGUUUCCACCAGAACUUUUUGAUGUAAAUAAUGAUGGUCUCCCUGAUGUCUUACUCUCCUUCACAGCUUUGAAAAAUGCUAGCGUGUUGGGUGUCUCCACGCCAUGGGUAACAAUAAUGGCACUUUCGGGUAUGAACGGCAGCAUCUUAUGGUCCAGUCAUGUUAAAGAAGAGAUUCUAGGUGUGCAGUGUAAGAAUUUGGACUCUGCGUUCUCUGCAGAGCCCGUCUGCCUUGUUACUGGGACCUCUACAUUCCUCAGUCUUCUGAGUGCCUCAUCAGGUAAACCGGUUUGGACCUUUGAUUCCCCCCACUUUUCCAAUGGAAUCUUGGCUGCUCCAGCUGUUAUUAUACCUGAUGUGGAUGGAGAUCGGGUCAGCGAUUUGAUGGUCUUAACCCUUGGAAAAACACAGCCAGAAUUAGGCUUUAUCCUGAUAUCGGGUAAAACUGGAAACCCAGUGGGAGGACCUGUGAAGUACAGCAUCAAUAGAAGUGGAAAACUGAUUGAUCCACAGACUUACAUUACCUGUCAUGGAGCAGUCUACAUCCUGUUUGGCUUUGGUCGGGUCUAUGCAGUUGCUUUACGAGAUAUCUUUGCGCAGGCCAGAAAUCACGAUAAUUUCCCUCCAGUGCUGCAGCACGAAGAACCAGAGUGGGAGAAACACAGAUCGAUCAAUUUGUCAGAGUUCAUUGAUAUUUACAGUGGUGGCGUUGUGUUUCUACAGGCAGUGAAAUCUCCUGACAGCAAUUGCAGUGACCUUUUGAUCACCACUGAACAUGGUUUGACUUUACUGCGAGGUCAAGAUUUGGAACAGCUUUGGACUCUAAAGAAGCGAGAUAUGGAUAUGGAUAUUGACAGUCAGCCUUGCCCAGGAUACUUCAAUGAUGAUCAAACUUUGGACUUCAUGCUUCAGGGCCAGCAUGGAAACGUCUCUAGAAAG